AUCUCUAAAUAAAUUGCCAUAGUAAUAUUCUACGGAGGCGUUUACAGCUUUAGACUUAAGAUCAAUAUAUCCCGAUCUUAUGCAAUCCAGAAAGGGGUCGGAUCGCGCAAGCGUGAAUGUGUCAAAUUAAAAGCUUGGAGCAGACUGGGAAGUGAAUGCGCUGUGUUGGGAACUGCUGCACUGACAAGAUAACAUUGCACUAGAAACAUGUCGAAAUCAGAAGAAGGUAAUAGGGACAAGAGGCGUUUUAUCAGCGGAGUGGUGGAAGGUUUUUAUGGACGACCAUGGACUAUGGAGCAAAGAGCAGAGCUAUUUCAAAGGGAACAAAAGUGGGGUCUGAACUCCUAUCUUUAUGCUCCCAAAGAUGACUACAAACACAGAAUGUACUGGAGAGACUUGUAUUCUCCACAAGUUUUAGAACAACUUAUUACAUUGAUAUCAACAGCCAGAAACCACAAUGUUGAGUUCAUCUAUGCAAUCUCCCCUGGCUUGGACAUUACCUUCUCCAACCCCAAAGAGGUUGCUGCUCUGAAGAGAAAGUUUGAUCAGGUGAAGGAGUUUGGCUGCAGAUCUUUCUCUUUGCUUUUUGACGACAUUGAAAUAGAAAUGUGUCCAGCCGAUAAGCAGGCCUUUACCUCCUUUGCUCACGCUCAAGUGGCCAUCGCCAACGAAGUAUUCCAACAUUUGGGUCAACCCGAAGUCUUCCUUUUCUGUCCCACAGAUUACUGUGCAUCGUUCUGCACACCUAAUGUGUCCCAGUCAGCCUACCUGCUCACAGUUGGUGAAAAGCUACUGCAGGGGAUUGACAUACUGUGGACUGGUCCGAAGGUUGUGUCUCAUAAAAUCUCAGUUGAGUCAAUAGAGGAAGUGUCUGCUGUGCUCAAAAGACCCCCUGUCAUCUGGGACAACAUCCAUGCCAAUGAUUAUGACCCCCAACGACUGUUCCUUGGGCCCUAUAAAGAUCGGCCAACAGAUCUCAUUCAAAAACUAAGAGGAGUUUUAACAAAUCCCAAUUGUGAAUACCCUAAUUUUGUCGCCAUACACACUUUGGCUACAUGGUGCAAAGCUACCCCAGACCAGGAGAGUGAUGUAGAGAUGACCGGAGAGGAGGAUCAGGACCCAUGCUACAGCCCACAGAAGGCCUUAACUGUGGCUCUAACAGAAUGGCUGCAGGAGUUUCUCAAUACAGAUCACCCUGGAGGACCUCAGCAUCCUGCAUCCCGUCUGAGAAAGGAUCCCUCAGAGGAGGAGCCCAUGCAGACAGAUAUGGGAGAGGGCGGAUAUGUCCCGGGACCCGAUGAAAACCCGCUGUACACUGCUGAGCCCCUCACACUAGAGGACCUCAAACUGCUCUCAGACCUGUUCUAUCUCCCAUAUGAGCAUGGGUCCACUGCUCGGACCAUGCUACAAGAGCUGGACUGGCUCAAAAAACAUAGUUGGGCAGCCGCUGCACAGACUGAGAAGACAGCUGAGUGGCGCUCAAGAGCCCAGCACUUUGAUGAAAUGUGUGAAGCAGUGGUCCAGAUGUUUAACCGUCUCUCCAACGCGCCAAACCGGAGCAUUCUGUAUGACCUCUAUAACUACAUCUGUGACAUCAAGAGUGGAGUGGGGUUGGCACGCACCUAUGUUAAAACACUAAGUGGACAUGGACGUCCAUCGGAACAUGUGAUGAAUGAUGAUCCUGCCUGGGGCUUCAGAGGAGGCCUUUCAGGAGAGUUUCAGAGAAUGCUCCCAGACAACGGAAACAGAGACCUUGUCAAACAUCCUCCGUCAACAGCAGUUUACUGCAUACGCCCAUUCUGCCCAGAAGAUAAGGAUGAGGUCCAGAGGAUUUUCAGGGAAAUGCAGAGACCAGAAGGGAACAAGGCUCCUCUGACGAUGCCACACCCUCUUAUGAGUGACAUCCUGUUGGACCUGGAAACGCCUCCUUUGCCUCACUGUGCUCUUGUGAUGGAGGAUGAGAUUACAGUGUGUGGCUAUGCUCUUGCCCUGGUGGAUGCAAAACCUGCAACUGUCAAGGUUCAGAGGGAGUUGGAUGCCUCCGUGUUGAAAGACUUCCCAAGUCUGCUGACUGUACAAGUGCUUCCUCGGGUCACUGAUCCCUCUCCAGCCAAGCGGAUGAUUAGUCAAUUGUUGUCCUCCCUCAAAAACAGCGGUUCUACUGGGGUGCUCUGUGAGGUGAGACACAGCGACAGAAGGAUGCUUGAUUUUUACUCUAAACUGGGCUCAUUUAAACCAAUACAAAUCCCUGGUUUACCUCAGGACAUCAUAGUUUUGGGAGCAAGACUCUGA